AAAUGCUAGGUACUUAGAAGGUGGAGGUACAGGUGGAAUAAGUCACUGAGCUAUCCACCAUCGGGUUAUCAACAAGUAACCAAAUGUAUUGAAAUUGUGUCAAUGUGCUUGUCAGACUGCCCAAAGAGAAGACCUUAUAUAUGGGAUAUAGUCACUAUGCUCAAUAACAUAGAAAAUACGAAGGAACAAAUUAACGAUUGUGAUGACUCUCCAGUUGCCCCAAUAAGCCCUUACCCCUGGGAGCUGCUUGAGCUUGACAUGCUGGAGCUGAAUUUCCCCUUCGAGAUAAACAAGCAGAUACCAUGCUCCCUUCAGCUGACCAACGUAUCCAAUGAUUAUGUUGCCUUCGAUAUUGUAAUGACAGGCGUAUUGCUGUAUGACGUAGAGCCUAAGAAAGGUAUUGUGCCACCACAAUCCAAGUGCAACGUCAUGGUAACAUUGCAAGCACAGCAGAAGGCACCCAAUUCUACAGCGUUCAAGGAUGAGUUCUUCAUGCGGUGCGCCGCUGUGAAUGAGGGCAUCAUGCGUGAGGAUAUCACUCAGGACAUGCUUGACAAGAAGUCGGCUAAAGGGGUUGACGAGGUGACGCUAAAGGUUGUUAUUUCGGCUGUUGGCUCUGCCUAAGGAACUCAAAUUGUUUGCUGUGAGCAGUUCUUCAAACAGUGUUUCUGAAGCGUAGUGUGCUUCGAUGCAGCUCAAGGCGUGGAGAUUAGAACAUGCCUCUUGAAAAGGGCAUUAUAGUCCUAUUUAGCGAGGUGAAAUUAUUUGUUCUCGUGUGACCUCUCCCACCCAGAUCCUUUGUUCUUGCUUGGAUUACUGCGAACCAGAAAAUUAAAUUGGUAAGAGUUAAUUGUCGCAGUACUAUUCCGGUUAGUUGCUUGGAUGAAGAAUAUUAUGGGACGAGACGACCAAUUACUGUGCCGGCUAGUUGUUUGGUUUAGGGUUGGAGGUCGAUCCGUCUGAAGUGUGGGACCACAGAUCUGAUCGCAACAGUAAGUUGAUAGCAUUAUUUUCCAUUGUUAAGAAA